AUGGCACCGACAAAACCGAAAAACAAAUCGAAGAAAUCGAAGGAUCGUGCGCGUCUGAAGGUGGCAUCUAGCCAGACCUCUAUCAACCCGAAAGAGUUGCUCGACCGGGCUACUACUCUCCUAGAAGAAGGGGAUAUCGAAACCGCUGCCAAGGUAGCGCGUACCGCCUAUGAGCAUAUUGGCGAGAAUGGGAGACAUGCCGGCGCUGCCCUCACACUUCUCGGGCAAAUACAUGUUGAACUGGGCGAUAUCGACGCCGCGCGCAACUAUUACGCAGCAGCGGUGAAAGUGGAUGAGGAUGGAUCGCUGCCCGAAGAGCUCGGUGGCGGACCAGAAAAGUUUCUUUGGCUGGCGCAGCUCAGUGAAGAAGGCGGCCAUGACAGCGUUGCCUGGUUUGAGCGCGGCGCAACCGUCUUGCGCGCACAGAUCCAGUCUCUCAUGGAUUCGCUGGAACAGCGGCCUCUGAGUCGGGGGCAAGUGGAGGCAGCAAUUGCUGACAAGCGGAGGAGGCUGGCGGAAACUCUCUGUGCCGUCGUGGAGGUGUACAUGACUGAUCUUAGCUGGGAGGAUGAUGCCGAGCAACGGUGCGAGGCUCUCAUUACGGAGGCCACCAUGAUCGCUCCUGAAUGGCCUGAGACAUGGCAGACGGUCGCAAACGUCCGCAUCUCUCAGGAGAGGACGGAGGAGGCGCGGGAGGCGCUGAGAAGAAGCCUGGGCCUCUGGACACACUUGCCCCCUGAAGACCCCGGUGUCCCGCCAUUCCCAUCACGAGUGAGCUUGGUGCGUCUGUUGAUUGAAGUCGACAUGGAGGAAGAAGCACUGGAGGUUACGGAGCGCUUGAUUGCGGAAGAUGAUUUGAGUGUUGAGGUUUGGUACCUUGGCGGGUAUGCUAGGUAUAGGCUGGGCGAGAAGGAAAGGGAAGCCUCUGGUCAAGCAUCCGAACCAGAGGCCUGGAAGGAUACGUGGCGUUCGUCACGCAAAUGGCUUCGACAGUGCCUGAAAGUGUUCGAGGCGGAGGAGUAUGAGGAUGAGAGGCUAGGAGAACACGCAAAGGAGUUGAUUGCUUCGAUAAUAGGAGAGCUUGGAGAGGAGGGAGAGGAUGACGAUGACGAGGAUGAUUGGGAAGAUGUUGAUGACGAAGGUGAAGAUGAGGAAGAGGCUGAUGCUGAUCAUGAAGAUACCGAGAUGGCCUCAUAA